CCUGAUCCGCUGGAGCAGCGGGGGCAAAGGCAGUGGAAGCUGAGGCUAUGAUGGCGGCGGCUGCUCGGGUGUGGAUGGGGACGCUGUGGCUGCCGCUGUUGCUGGUAGCAGCUGUGGCAGGAGCGGAACAGCAGGUGCCGCUGGUGCUGUGGUCGAGUGACCGGGACUUGUGGGCUCCUGCGGCUGACACUCAUGAGGGCCACAUCACCAGCGACUUGCAGCUGUUUACCUACUUAGACCCCGCCCUGGAGCUGGGCCCCCGGAAUGUGCUGCUGUUCUUGCAGGACAAGUUAAGCAUUGAGGAUUUCACAGCAUAUGGUGGUGUGUUUGGAAACAAGCAGGACAGCGCCUUUUCUAAUCUGGAGAGUGCCCUGGACCUGGCCCCCUCUUCACUGGUGCUUCCCGCUGUCGACUGGUAUGCAGUCAGCACUCUGACCACUUACCUGCAGGAGAAGCUUGGGGCCAGCCCCUUGCAUGUGGAUCUGGCUACCCUGCAGGAGCUGAAACUCAAUGCCAGCCUCCCAGCCCUGCUGCUCAUCCGCCUGCCCUACACAGCUAGCUCCGGUCUGAUGGCACCUAGGGAAGUUCUCACAGGCAACGAUGAGGUCAUUGGGCAGGUGCUGAGCACACUCAAGUCCGAAGAUGUCCCAUACACAGCGGCCCUCACAGCGAUCUGCCCUUCCAGGGUGGCCCGUGAUGUAGCCAUGGUGGCUGGGGGGUUAGGACGCCAGCUGCUACAAAAACAGCCUGCACCAGAUGUGAUCCAUCCCCCUGUGAGUUAUAAUGACACUGCCCCCCGCAUCCUAUUCUGGGCCCAAAACUUCUCUGUAAUGUACAAGAGCCAUUUGGAGGACCUGACCUCCCUCACCUUUGGGGUGCAGGAUCUCAACCUGACUGGCUCCUCCUGGAAUGACUCCAUUGCCAGACUCUCGUUGACCUAUGAACAGCUCUUUGGUACUACAGUAACAUUCAAGUUCAUUCUGGCCAACCGCUUCUACCCAGUGUCUGCUCGGAAAUGGUUUACCAUGGAGCACCUCGAAAUCCACAGCAAUGGCUCUGUUGUCUACUUCAAUGCUUCUCAGGUCACAGGGCCCAGCAUCUACUCCUUCCACUGCAAGUAUGUCAGCAGUGAUAGCAAGAAAGGCAGCCUCCUUGUGGCUCGCACCCAGCCCUCAUCCUGGGAGGUGACUCUUCAUGACUUCCAGAUCCAGGCUUUCAAUGUGACAGGUGAGCAGUUUUCCUACGCCAGCGACUGUGCAGGCUUCUUCUCUCCAGGCAUCUGGAUGGGGCUGCUCACCUCCCUGUUCAUGCUCUUCAUUUUCACCUACGGUCUGCACAUGAUCCUCAGCCUCAAGACCAUGGAUCGCUUUGAUGACCACAAGGGCUCCACCAUCUCUUUGACCCAGAUCGUGUGACCCUGUGUCAGUGGGGGAAGGGUUGGGGGCAUGAUGGUGUCCAGGUUGUUGUUUUCCCACCUACGGCACCCUGGACUGAAGAGUUUCCCCUCUUCCUACCAUAGCAUGAACCCCAAGUUCCCUUCAGCCAGUCUUGCUCCCUCUUCAGCCCCCUGAGGGUCUUCUCUGGGGCUGCCUCCCUACCAACAAGGUGUACAUACUCUGCAUAGAUAGUAUACACAUCUCCCAGGCCCAGUCAUUGUGAGGAGUUGGGAACAUUGUUUCUCAGUCCAUUUUUCCCUCUCCCUUUUUCCUUAUUUAUUCUUGUCUCUUCACCAUUAUCUAUUGCUGUUUAUAGUGCUUUUGUGUAGCAGAUGCUACCUCCCUGAGGUUUAUGGGGCUCCCUGAGUUUAGGGGAUGUGAAAGUACUAAACUCUGCCCCAAGCUGCUUAUCGUUUUUUGUGAUGUUGUGCUAACAAGCAAUACCCUGAGGUUUAUUUCUGUGGCCUGAGAGGGAAGGGACCACCAGGACAGGUGGGCAGGGUGUGCUCACUGGGGUUCUGGCAUGUUAGCAAGAGACUGGGGUGCUCGGUAUUUUCCUUCCUAAUAAAAUAAAGACGGAUUGCCAUG